AUGAGUGGGCGCGGUGCUCAAGACCAUAUUCCCCCACUGGCACCAUUCCCGGCUUCGAACAAAAGAGGCAGCCUGGGUGCCAAUGUCUACGAGGGAUAUCUCGACUCAUGGCUUUCUAGUAUCGAAUUCCGCCUUCGGUUGAGCGACGGAGACUUUGCAAAGGUACAAUUCUCACAGUCAACAAGCGAUGCCGAAUUCCUGCGUUCCUUGCUCGAAUGCGCCAGCCAUGAAAGAUGGGCCUUGUCACGCUCACAGAAAGAACGGCUUCUGCUAAAACGAGCGUAUAUGCUUCUCAAACGUCUUCUAUUGGGGACAGAUGUUCCGUUCGACUUCAAAGAUUCCAAAUUGGUCAGCAUGCUUUGUCUUGUCAGCUCAGUCUAUGGCUCCAUUGCCGACUUGAAAACUACUAUCCAUUCACUGUGGGCCAGGGACAAGGUACAAAUGAGCAGUGCAAUCGAGAGCUGGAAGCGAAUCACAUCGGAGUCUCUCUCCGCUCAACCGUACCAAGAGACCGUGUCCGAAACUUUAAGGCUCUUUAACCCGUUCCUCAAGGUUUCACCCGAGGCAGGUCUCGUCUUGAUGACUGGCUCUGAUUACAUCGAGUCGCUUAUGGAAGCCUACAGUCGCUCGUGUGGACUACCUGGCGCUCUUGAACUUCCCAAACUGUUGACAGAGAACCUCUUCUACUGCCUGAGAAGCCUCAUGUCAGACGGGUUACAGAACAGCUCUCUGCUAUUGGAUCAUCUCUUCCACUUGAAAUCAGAAACUGAUCGGGCGACAAAGUCCAACGCUUCCACGCCGACCCUCUGCUCGAGCCUGGUAUGCCAAACAUCUUUCUUAAGGCAUUUGGCCGCCGAUAGCUCUGUUACUUCUGGGAAGCGAGGGCAAAGCUUGUUCGAUGCACUCACAGCGUACCGUCAGAAUAGCGCACAUCUGUACCCUGCGCCAGGGCCUCGGCGGAGGAAACCAGCUAAGGGGAAGGCUCGGGCUGAUAUCCCUGAAGCUAUGCACAUUCACAAAGCUUCCCAAGUGUCGCAAGUACACGAGCUUUUUCCUAACCUAUCCAAUAACUACAUCCUGCGACUCCUGGACCAUUUCAAUGACGAUCCAGAGGCGGUAAUUGCUGCGUUACUUGAACCGGACUCUCUUCCACCCAGCCUCCGCGAGUCAAAUGGGUCCGAAACCCUCUCGAUAAGCUUUGAUGGACCAGCACAUGAUCUGGCACCGCGGCCUACCCCGCCAUUACUUCCACAGAGAAAGAGUGUGUUUGAUGGAGACGAUUUCGACCGGUUGCAAAUUUCGGCACAACGGCUGCACAAAGGCCGGAAAGAGAUCAAAAUUGAGGAGGAUGGUGGGGACGAGCACGUCCGAAGAAAGGCUGCGAUCAUGGCUGCCUUGGCUGCGUUUGACAGCGAUGACGACGAACGGGAUGACAGUUACGAUGUCGCUGAUGUUGGGGGCACGGUUGACUCGACGGUAGACACAGACUCUCGGUCAAAACCAGAGCACCAGCUUGAUCAAAAUCUGCACGAAGAAUCGUUGUUCCGAGCAUGGAAGGACAAUGAAGAGCUGUUUGCACGCGAUAGCAAAACACGAGCGUCUACAAUACGGCAAGAUCUGAAGCGCCAGACGGGCAUGAGCGACGAACAGCUUGAAGGAUGGGCAAUCAUGCUGAAGAAGAAUCAAAAGCUCCAAGACCGUCUGGAGCAUAAGUAUUCAGCUUUGGGAACGUUCCGGGGGAACCAGACGGAGCUUGCUGCUACGAGGUGGCAAGAUGAUACCGCUGAGGAGAGUGAGGAAGCCGGAAGCAGUAAUCCGGACGGUCGAAUAGGCCAGGCAAGGUCGCGUGGAAGGGGUCGUGCUCAUGGCCGUGGAGGAAGCACAGCAGGUCCCAGUGGCGAUGCCUCAACACAAGCGGCGAGGAAGCGCAAAGAACAAGGCAGGGGAAGGGGAGGGGCAAACCAUGGCCGACGAGAGGGACGUACCCGUAAGAUCGGAAGAGGCAUGGCAGGGCCAGCUUCCUGA